ACUCCACCAAUCUAUGAGAAAUGGUGAAAAAUGAAAACUCCCUUUCCUCCUUUCAAAUUAAAGAUCAAACAACACAAUUUUGGCCAUUUAAUUUUAGUAGCUUCCCUUAAUUUUUGGCAAACUUGUUAAAACAACUAUAGAGAAGGUUGACCUUAUUUUGAGAGAAGACAGGGCCAGUAUAAGGAUUUUUAUGCAGAGAAACAUUUUUUUAAAUAAAUAAAAGUUUUACAACUAAAGUUUGAUUUUACCAUCUCUUUCUUGACAAUAAUUCAUUAUAAUUAGAGACAAAAUAAGCAAAAUGCCACCCAUUACCGAAGAGCAGAAAAAUCAAGACGUGCAAGACAUCAUUCAAGAUGGAUUUAAAGGAGCUGCCACUACAUGUGCUCUUACUUCUCUAGUUGUGUUUGCUGUUGGUCGUUACUGUCCAUGGGCUAAGGCAAAUAUAAAUUACGCUGGUAAAACAUUCAUCAUAUCUGCAUCGACUGCAGCUUCUUUUGCCUUCAGUGCUGAACAGUCUAUGGUGAAGAAGCACCGAGGUCAUGAUAGGUGGGAGUGACCAUGACUCGAUAAAAUCAAGAAAUUAUUUGAAAAAUAAAAUAAAUCUUGUAAGUAGUAAUUAUGUAGAUAAUAUUCUGCUGGUGUUUCCCUUUAAAUUUUGGAAAUGUUGUUCUAGCUUAACGAAGUGCCUAUGCUGUCUUUUUCCAUUUACUUAUAAUGUUGUUCUCUACUCAUUUAGUGGAAGAGUUCUCUUUUUUGCUAUAUAUUUGUUAGCUUUAGAUCA